UGUUACUCUAAUUCUGACCAUUGUCCUUGCUCUUCCCUCUACAGCAGGACACAGUGUACUGAGAAGAAAAAUGAGCAACCAAACUUCAAUGACCGAGUUUCUUCUCUUGAGAUUCUCUGGUGUUCGGGAGCUGCAGUUGUUACACUUUCUUGUGUUUCUAGUUCUUUAUCUGGCAGCCUUGAUGGGGAAUCUUCUCAUCAUCACAGUCAUAGCCCUUGACCAUCAUCUUCACACCCCCAUGUACUUCUUCCUGCUCAACUUAUCCUUCAUAGACCUCUGCUACAUCUCUGUCCCCAUUCCUAAAUCCAUGGUCAAUUCACUAACCAACUCCAGGUCAAUUUCUUAUUCUGGGUGCCUCACCCAAGUCUUUCUCUUUCCCUUGUUCGCUGUAGCUGAGCUCAGCUUCCUCACUGUCAUGGCAUACGAUCGAUAUGUCGCCAUCUGCCAACCUCUUCAUUAUGUGACUAUAAUGAACAGAAGAGCUUGUGUCCGAAUAGCAGCCAGUGCAUGGUUCAGUAGUAUUCUCAGCUCUGCACUACACACUGGGACCACAUUUGCAUUAACCUUCUGUGGAGGGAACAUGGUGGAUCAGUUCUUCUGUGAAAUCCCCCAGCUACUCAAGCUCACCUGCUCUGACACAUACCGCAGAGAAUCUGGGGCAAUUGUAUUUAGUGCUUGUUUAUCUUUAAGCUGCUUUGCUUUUAUAAUUGUGUCGUAUGUUCAGAUCUUCACCACAGUGCUGAGAAUCCCCUCUGAGCAGGGCCGGCGUAAAGCCUUUUCUACCUGCCUUCCUCACCUCUUCGUGGUUUCCUUGUUCCUCUGGACUCUUACUGUUGCCUAUCUGAAGCCCACUUCUAGCUCAACAUCAGGGUGGGAUCUCGUGGUGGGUGUUCUCUAUUCCGUGGUGCCUCCAAUGAUGAAUCCCAUCAUCUACAGCAUGAGGAACAAGGAGAUCCAAGCUGCCCUGAGGAGACUGAUAGCAGGGAGAUUAUUCACUAUGAAUAUAAAGUCCAUAGUUCUCCCUUGACUGUGAUAUUAUUCUGUUGAUGACACCUCAGCAAGAAUAUGGGCAAUGGAUGCAUCUGUGAGUCAUUAAAACGUAAGGACAUGUGAUAUGCUCAUGUGACCCUGGACUCCAUGUUGAAACAGUAACUUUCUACAAAGAGAGGCUGUGAACUUUCUUUGAGAUAAUAAAAUUUCUUGCAUAUGACAGAAGAUAUAAAAGACCCCUGAUGCAUCUUAAUUUUGUCUUCAUUUUCUGCUUCAUUUCUAUGCACCGGAUUUUUACCAAGCAAGCUUGGAACAAGGACUGAUGACCCUCUAAUAUGUUUUGGUGAUUCCAGAGAGACAUUUGCAAUCUAAUAAAUUAUUUAAUCACUGCUAUAAUCCUGAUCUUUGAAUACUG